AUGUACAGGCAGGUCAAACUACAUGAAGAUGAUCAAACAUUCCACACUAUUUUAUGGAGGUUCAACAAAAAUGACCCAAUCCAGGAAUAUCAACUCACGACAGUCACCUACGGAACCGCUCCCGCUGCCUACCUUGCUAUAAGAACCAUGCACCAAUUAGCCAUGGAUGAAUGCGACAAAUUCCCGAGAGCUGCGGAACUGAUACUUGAAGAUUUCUACGUCGAUGAUUUUCUCUCCGGCGCCCACAAUAAAGAAGAGGCACAAAAAAUCAGACAAGAAGUUAAAACGCUACUUCUCAAGGGAGGAUUCAACAUUCGAAAAUGGAAAAGCAAUCUCACAUUAAAUGAUGAUACGUCCUUUCAAGAUUUCAACAGCAGAGAGGACAUAACCAAAAUUCUGGGAAUUAAAUGGUCACCACAAAAUGAUAACUUCCAAUACACUAUUAAACAAACUUCCAAUCGAACAAACACAAAAAGACAAGUGCUAUCUGAAAUUGCUUCAAUAUUCGUUCCAUUAGGUCACAUGGCUCCAAUUGUAAUCAAGGCGAAAAUAAUUAUGCAAGACAUAUGGAAAACUGGUAAAAAAUGGGAUGAAGCUAUUCCUACAGAAAUCCAAACAGCGUGGGACAAAUUCAAAGAAGAACUGCCAAUAAUAGAAAACCUGCAACUACCACGAUGGUUCCAGUAUAAUCCAGAGCAGCCCAUUGAACUACACGGAUUCUGUGAUGCAUCGCAAAGAGCCUAUGGAGCAGCAAUAUACACCAAAGCAGUCGUGAAGGACAAAACCCAGACAACAUUGCUAGUAGCCAAAACAAAAGUUGCACCUGUAAAAAACAAAUUAACUAUCCCGCAAUUGGAACUUUGUGCCGCAACAUUAUUGGCGAAACUGAUGAAACGAACAAUUACAGCCCUGAAGAUCGCCGACAUAAAUAUUUACACAUGGUCAGACUCAAAAGUUGUAUUAGCCUGGUUACAGAAAACUCCGAAUAAGCAAAACGUCUUCAUAGUCAACCGAGUCAACGAAGUUCAUCGCUUACUAGGUCAAGUUCAAUGGAACUACGUGAAAUCGGAGGAGAAUCCAGCUGAUUUACUAUCCAGAGGCGCGCUACCAAGUAAACUCCAGAAAAACACAUUAUGGUGGAAUGGACCUGCAUGGCUCAAAACAUCAAGUAGUGAAAUCAAGAGAAGUGAAGGGAUUCCAAAAGAAAUCGUAAUGAAUAACGAAGAAUUUCAAGAACUAACGGUGUUUACCACCAAGACCAAUGGACCUCUAGAAUUGUUAACAAAAUUCUCAUCCUGGAAGAAGACUAACAAAGUCGGACCUUCCUCGAAAAAUAAAGAAUUCCAGACGAGAGACCAACUCCGGACGUCAGCACCAAUUCAUGACCAUGCCCAAUAA